GAGACCCUGACGGGGAAGCGGCGGCUGAGGCAGGGUCGCUCCUCGGUCGGAAGCCCGGACUGAGUGCAGCAGGGGGUCUCAGCGGCGGGUGAGAGCGGACGCCCUAGACCUCGCUUCCCUCCGUCGCCCCAGAUUCAUUAUUAAACAUGGGUGCAUUUUUGGAUAAACCCAAAACUGAAAAACAUAAUGCUCAUGGUGCUGGGAAUGGUUUACGUUAUGGCCUGAGCAGCAUGCAAGGAUGGCGAGUAGAAAUGGAAGAUGCACACACAGCUGUUGUAGGUAUUCCUCACGGCCUGGAAGACUGGUCCUUUUUUGCAGUUUAUGAUGGUCAUGCUGGAUCUCGAGUAGCAAAUUACUGCUCAACACAUUUAUUAGAACACAUCACUAAUAAUGAAGACUUUAGGGCAGCUGCAAAAUCAGGAUCUGCUCUUGAGCCCUCCGUGGAAAAUGUCAAGAAUGGCAUCAGAACUGGCUUUUUGAAAAUUGAUGAAUACAUGCGUAACUUUUCAGACCUCAGAAACGGAAUGGACAGAAGUGGUUCAACUGCAGUGGGGGUCCUGAUUUCACCUAAGCAUAUCUACUUUAUCAACUGUGGUGACUCACGUGCUGUUCUGUAUAGGAAUGGACAAGUCUGCUUUUCUACCCAGGAUCACAAACCUUGCAAUCCAAGGGAGAAGGAGCGAAUCCAAAAUGCAGGAGGCAGCGUAAUGAUACAACGUGUUAAUGGUUCAUUAGCAGUGUCUCGUGCUUUGGGGGACUAUGAUUACAAGUGUGUUGAUGGCAAGGGCCCAACAGAACAGCUUGUUUCUCCAGAGCCUGAGGUUUAUGAAAUUUUAAGAGCAGAAGAGGAUGAAUUUAUCAUCUUGGCUUGUGAUGGGAUCUGGGAUGUUAUGAGUAAUGAGGAGCUCUGUGAAUUUGUUAAAUCUAGGCUUGAGGUAUCUGAUGACCUGGAAAAUGUGUGCAAUUGGGUAGUGGACACUUGUUUACAUAAGGGAAGUCGAGAUAACAUGAGUAUUGUACUAGUUUGCUUUUCAAAUGCUCCCAAGGUCUCAGAUGAAGCAGUGAGAAAAGAUUCAGAGCUGGAUAAGCACUUGGAAUCACGGGUUGAAGAAAUUAUGGAGAAGUCCGGUGAGGAAGGAAUGCCUGAUCUUGCCCAUGUCAUGCGCAUCUUGUCUGCAGAAAAUAUCCCAAAUUUGCCUCCUGGGGGAGGUCUUGCUGGCAAGCGCAAUGUUAUUGAAGCUGUUUAUAGUAGGCUGAAUCCACAUAGAGAAAGUGAUGGGGGUGCUGGAGAUCUAGAAGACCCAUGGUAGCCUUAUAAACCUUCUAAAAUGCUUUUGAUUCUGAAAAUUGGGGGAAAAAAACUUUUAAUCACAAUUUUCUUCAAGGGAAAAAUAUUGUGGAUUCCCAGCGUUUUGUGAUAUGAGCAGAAAAUCAUUAGCAUUUCCCAUCAUUUAUUCAUAUUUGUGUUUUCUGAUAAUUGCCACUUGUAGCAUUGCCUGUACUACAGUAUUUUUUGCCAACCUCAGGCAUACUGGUUACAUCUGUACUGAACUUUGGGCCCUAGGAGCCAACGGAGUUAUUUCACCACAAAUAACAAACUCUGCCUGAGGUGCAUGGGAAUAUAGUUAGCCGUACUCUGAAGAUACAUUAUGUUUUCGUUUUUUGUUUUUGGGGUUUUUUUUUUUGUUUUUUGUGUUUUUUUUUGUUUUUUUUUUUAGACAAGACACACAACAUAUAAGCAUGUAAAAGUAAAGAAUUGUAUGGGAUAUUCCUUUGUCAGUUCACCAAGUUGGAAGCCUUUUGCAGCUCUGUGGCUUGAAAUUUCCUUUGAGCAAUUUACUAUAGGAUAUAUAUUUAUUAUUAAUUGUUAUUUAAUUUUUUUCCCUAAUUUUACCUGUAUUACCAAACUGGGUUCUCCAAUAAUGUCCAAAUUGUAACGUUGCCUGCUUUUCAAGAUAAAGUGUAUUUGGCAAUAUUAUUAUAAACCCUUACAAAUUUUAUGCAUGUACCUACUACGUCCUUCAGCUCUCACUAGGAAAUCUUUUGAAACCAAAUGGAUUAAUUUAUGGCUAUUUAUAAUUUGCUUUGACAUCUCACUGCUGCAAAUUUUUUUAAAUGAUGAGAUUUGCCUUUAUAACGUAAAUUGUGAUUUUUGUUUUACAUGUGGGUUUCUGUAGUUUUAAUUUUCCAGCUCUUAAGAUACAAGUUUUGUGUGUAAUUUGGUAUAAUUUUUAAUUGUUUACGUUAUUUUAAAAGCUCAGAAUAUCACAUUGAAAUGACUAUAAAGACAUUUAAAAUUAUCUAUUUUAGAUCUAAGGAAAUAUUACAGAGAUAUUUUCAUGGGUUCAGUAACCUUUCAUUUUAUAACAUUGGGCACGGUACAGAGUGGCUGUCACAUAAGGUACUUGAAGAUUAUUAUUUUAAUUCUAUUUUUACAAUAACCUUGAAUUCUUGAGUUCUUUUUGAGUUUUGCAUGUAGUAAAUCCAAUUACUGCUGAACAUGAAGAGUAAAAUAUUUAUCGGAAAGAAGCUAUUGGGGUAGGAGAAGCAAUGAAUGUAUCCAUUUGUACAUGGUUUACAUGUUGUGGAUGCUUUGUAAACAUUUUCCUAUAUGUUUAAAUUGUGUUUCAGCAGGAUGUAAUUGCCCUUGUGUGUAGUUAAAGUGAGUCAUCAUCUGGUUCUGUGUGAAAUGGAAUUCAUGAUAUUUUCUGUAACAUUUCCCUGAAGCUGUUUCCGGAGAGCCACACAUUUGCAUACAGACAGCCUUCCUGAUCAUUUGAUUCAUUGUGCACCUGAUUUUUGGUCUAAAAGGAAUUAUUGCCACAAUAUAUUUUAUUUAUUCUUUAGAUUUUAGCCUUGUAAGUUAAAGUGCUUUACAUGAUGAUGUAAAAGCUAUCUGUCCCUUUACUGGGUUUGGGGGGUUGUAAAAAGAUAGGGAAUGAAGAAUGCAAACUGGUUUAUUGUUCAAACUGUCCGCUCUGAUCCAGCCUUGUACCGAUAGUACCUUUCCAGUAUGAUAUUGUGAUGUUUCAUACAAUGCAGUGAACAUAACCAACUUGUUACCUAAAUAAAGAAUUGAUAAAAACAGUG